AUGAGCGGCGGCUGCCCAGAGCAGGAGCCCCCCCGCGCGCUGGCCUGCUGCAGCGGCAGUGGGGUGCCCCUCCUCACCGAGGACAUGCAGGCACUCACCAUCCGCACACUCUCGGGCACAGAUGUCAGCAAGCACUAUGACCUCAUCCGGGAGCUGGGCAAAGGCACCUAUGGCAAGGUGGACCUGGUGUCCCACAAGAGCACAGGGACCAAGAUGGCUCUGAAGUUUGUGAAUAAGAGCAAGACAAAAUUGAAGAAUUUCCUUCGGGAAGUCAGCAUCACCAACACACUCUCCUCCAGCCCUUUCAUCAUCAAAGUCUUCGACGUGGUGUUUGAGACCGAGGACUGCUACGUCUUUGCCCAGGAGUACGCGCCCGGCGGGGACCUCUUCGACAUCAUCCCACCCCAGGUGGGGCUCCCCGAGGACACAGUGAAGAGAUGUGUGCAGCAGCUCGGCCUGGCCCUGGACUACAUGCACGGACGGCACCUGGUACACCGAGACGUCAAGCCCGAGAACGUGCUGCUCUUUGACCGGGACUGCCGACGGGUGAAGCUGGCCGACUUCGGCAUGACCCGAAGGGUGGGCUGCCGAGUGAAGCGGGUCAGCGGCACCAUCCCCUAUACGGCCCCCGAGGUGUGCCAGGCGGGCAGGGCCGAGGGCUUCGCCGUGGACACCGGCGUCGACGUCUGGGCCUUCGGUGUCCUCAUCUUCUGCGUCCUCACCGGCAACUUCCCCUGGGAAGCCGCCUCGGGCACGGACGCCUUCUUCGAGGAGUUCGUGAGGUGGCAGAAGGGGAGGCUUCCCGGCCUGCCCUCCCAGUGGCGAAGGUUCACGGAACCGGCCCUGCGGAUGUUCCAGAGGCUGCUGGCCCUGGACCCCGAGAGGCGGGGGCCGGCCAAGGAGGUCUUCCGCUUCCUCAAGCACGAGCUCACCUCGGAGCUCCGUCGCCGGCCUUCUUGCCGCGCCCGCAAGCCCGCUGGUGACCGCCUGCCUGCUGGGCCGCACCGCCAGGAGGCCCCAGCACCACUCAAGAGGACCGUGCUGACCGAGAGCAGCGGGACCAGGCCCUCGCCUCCCACCCCUCCUGAAUCUGGCCUCACCUCGCCAGGGCCGGCCAGCAGGACGGAUGGGCGGCAGGACAAGAGCAAGGGGCAGCUGGUCCUGGCCACAGCCAUAGAGAUUUGCGUCUGAGCUGCCCCCCUGCCCGAUGCCGGUCCCCCCUUCAAGGGCUCCUCUGUGGCAACUCCUAGGGAGGGCU